AUGGAUGCCAUAAGCGCUAUUGCGGCAGCGGGACAGUUUGUAUCAUAUAUCAACCACAUCGUCGGUCUCCUGCUCGAGUUGCGAGACGAAAUCAAAGAGGGGCCACUGCGUCUAAGAGAGAAAUGUGACUAUCUCGAUUCCUUUAUUUUCGUGCUUCAGUCUAUACAGGAUCAUCUGUCUUUGCAGGACCCGAAAGUAAAAGCUCAAAUCGACCGACUGGAGGAAAGGGUCAUCACAAUUCGAUCUGCUCUUCAAAGAUACCUUGAUGCCAUUGGAAAAAGCGGCACUAUCACACGGCGGGUUUUGCUCGCUAUUUCCGUCGUAAAAGCAAAGGAAAAGUUUCUCCGUUCCUUCGAGGCCCUAGACGAGGACAGAGGGUUGCUCAACUUCUACAUCACGGCAGCAUCUGGAGAGACCAUCCAUCAACUCGCAAGUCAAGAGAAAAUGCAAUCCACCCCAAGAACGGGAGAAACGACUCCCAGGCCUCCUAUGCCUUUUAAAGUGGCCGACGAGGGAUACGGGAGCGAUGAUGCAAGUACAUGCUCAGGAGUUGCUGCAGCGACGGACCGCGUCGAAUAUUCUCCACUUAAUCCUCCUUCCUCACCACCGCCUUCUAUGACUUCCAAUCCAAAUCCAGAUCCAAAUCCAGACGGGCAGCAGCAGGCGUUUCGACAACAGGCAAUAUUGAUAACUCAUCAUAACGGUCAACGCGAAUGGGGCCAUGGGGCCAAUGUGACUUUUGGCCACCACAUCCAAAUUGAAGGCAACCCUACGCCGAUUCCUAGAGAGGCAUUACAGCAACACAGUACUUUUACCGGCAAGGAAACAUUUGGUGACAAUGUCACAGCCGUCUUUGGAUCCAGAUUCAGCAACACGAUGGUCAGCAAUAACCUCCAGUCGCAGGGUUCCGGAGGCGGUGGUGACAGGAGGCCGAACAUGAACCCUCAAGCCGACCGCCAGAGGGAGCGAACGACCCCGCAGGAGCCACCUCCUACUGCGCCGACGGCCAGCUCUCCGGAUGAUAUCGAUAGAUCACACUCUCGUGAUAAUUGA